GUAAACCCUAAUAAAGCUUUAUGAAGCUGUCAUGAUAAAUAUUUGCAAAAAUUUCUAUCUCAACAUUGUUCAAGUGCAAAUGAUCAAUAAUCUCAGACUAACCAUGCGAAGUUUAUCAUCAUUUUUCAUUUUGUGCAUUGUCUUAUCCAUCAAUGGAAUGACCUGUGACGCGUAUCUUGAGCUGUAUGAUUUUGGACCUGGAACAAUUGGCGCACCAAUGUUAUUUAGAGUUGAUUCUCACAACGGUCCAACGGGCCCUUCAUAUGAAUUUCGAUUCAAAUUUGACCAAUUACCACAAUAUGAUAAAACCAUUGUCUUGAAUCAAUAUAUUGUAGAUUACGUCGUAACAUUUGAAUCAGUGAAAGCUGGUAACUAUACAGUACAAAUUGAUGCAUGGACUUGUAAUCACGGCGUUCCUUUUGAUUCGUUAGGAACUCUUAAUUCUACCUUCCAGCUUACAGAUUCCCUCACUGGAACUAUAGCUGUAAAUGAUAAUCCAAGGAAAAGAGUUGUUUCCACUGCAGAAACGUUUAAACUCACUGCCAGAACGAAAUAUUAUUUCAAUUUUUUCAACUCAGCUAAUAUAAGUUACAAAUGGAUUAUUAAUGAUGAGCCACAAAUAGAAAGCGAAGGUGUUAUUAGACACUCUUUUUCCCAGCCUCAAUUGAACAACAUUUCAGUGAUUGUCACAGCAACUAAAACCAAUGGAAGUCGUCUUAUACAAAAAUCUGGUACAUUCAACCUUACAUUGGAAAGCAAAGAUCCAAUUACUAAUUUGACUAUUGAUGGUCCAACCGAGGUUAAGGUGUUUGAAAGAGUUCAACUGGACUGCAAAAUUCAUGGUGGAACACCUCCAUUUCAAUACGAGUACACUUUUUGGAUGGACAAACCUUACAGCGAAUAUAUUAAUGUUAUCAAAGAUUCGAAUGAAAGCUUCUCAUCAUUAAUCAGAUAUUUCAGUGCAAAAGGGACAAGAACUGCGAAAAUUGUUGCUAGAAAUGAUAUAUCUUCGAUUGAAAAGAGGAUGGAGAUUUCAGUCUACUAGUCUAUAGAACGGACUCGUGAUCGCUCGAAAAAACUGGUAUAAAUUUUCAUAAGAAUUGACAUUUUUUUCAAUGCUGCUCUUCAAACAAGGUGAAUCUAUGAAUAUUAAAUUGAAAAUUUUAAACUAAUGUCACAUUUAAAGUGUUAGUGAUAAACUCCAAAUAAACAUUUUUGAAAGAUCUGACUUGAGAUUUACAGACAAAAUCAUGAGGAACAGUACUGAUAAAAUUGGUGGACAAAGUAAAAUCGUGAAGUUGGUGAAACCGUUUAGGAAAAAAUACAACUGAGGAAGAAUUUUAUCAAAUGAAAAAGAGCAAGUUGGAUCUCAGGUCAGUAUUGAAAGUGAUUCGAAACUGUUUCGCUGAAAUUCAAUUAAU